UUUUUUCUUUCCCUUUUCACCAGCUCAGCGAUUUUCUUUGGUCUUUGGACUCACUUAACGUGAGCAACAGCUUGUACAACAGUUUGCACUUUCCUCGUCUGUUAUGCUGUCUUUUCCUUUUAGACACUUUGCCAAGCCCCUACAAAGAUGCUGCCAAGCGAAGGGGGCUCUGCGGGCCCAACACAGCAAGGCAGCUGCAACUUCUUUCAAGGAGGCCUCAGGCUGGACCGGGCAGGAGAGCUUGGCAGAGAGUGACCCUGAGAUGUGGGAUUUGGUACAGCAGGAAAAAGAUCGCCAGUGCCGGGGUCUAGAACUCAUUGCCUCAGAGAAUUUCUGUAGCCGGGCUGCCUUGGAGGCUCUGGGCUCGUGUCUCAACAACAAGUAUUCAGAGGGCUAUCCAGGCAAGAGGUAUUAUGGUGGUUCUGAGGUGGUGGACCGCAUUGAACUGCUCUGUGAACGCCGGGCUCUUGAAGCCUUUGACCUGGAUCCUGAACGCUGGGGGGUGAACGUCCAGCCUUAUUCUGGAUCCCCGGCCAAUUUUGCUGCCUACACAGCCUUGUUGCAGCCGCACGAACGUCUCAUGGGUCUGGAUUUACCCGACGGGGGCCACCUGACUCAUGGGUACAUGUCCGAUGUCAAGCGUAUCUCAGCCACGUCCAUCUUCUUUGAGUCCAUGCCUUACAAACUCAACCCAAAAACAGGACUCAUUGAUUAUGACCAGCUUGAGUUAACCGCCCGACUGUUCCGCCCACGUCUCAUCAUCGCUGGCACCAGCGCUUAUGCCCGUCUUAUUGACUAUGCCCGCAUGAAGAAGGUGUGUGAAGAGGUGAAGGCCUACCUGCUUGCUGACAUGGCUCAUAUCAGUGGUCUGGUGGCAGCUAAAGUCAUCCCAUCACCCUUUGACUACGCUGAUUUGGUGACUAGCACCACUCACAAGACUCUGCGAGGUGCAAGGCCAGCUCACCCAUGUUCCAAGAGUAUUGUCAGCAAGUACUGAAGAACUCCAAGGCCAUGGCAGAGGCGUUGCUACAACGAGGAUACAAUCUUGUUUCAGGUGGCACAGAUAACCAUCUAGUACUAGUGGAUCUGCGCCCAAAAGGUAUUGAUGGAGCCCGGGCUGAAAGAGUCCUGGAACUAGUGUCCAUCACUGCCAACAAGAACACCUGUCCCGGGGACAAAAGUGCUUUGACACCUGGAGGCUUGCGACUUGGAGCACCUGCGCUUACUUCCCGACGGUUCCGGGAAGCUGAUUUCCAAAAGGUUGUCGAGUUAAUGGAUGAAGGAAUCCAGAUUGGACUGGAUGUCAAGCAGAAGACCU